GGAGACAACUCAAAACAACAGGCGCAGUUGUAGCACAGCAAUGGCCACGAGUGUUCCCGACUGUUCCCGGACAAAACUCACUGCGGCGGCUGAACGUGGUCCUGGGAAGACCGGCAGACACUUCUCGCUUCUCCUGCUCGUCGUUGUGUGAACAAAGCACAGGUUUUUUGAGCGUUGGACUGUAAAAGAUAACUAAAAGCUGUUUCGGCUCGCCGUUUUUAAAGCGGAUGAUAAAUCAGAAAAAGAGAAAAGGACUACAUCAUCCACUGCUUCGCUAUGGCCUCUGAGUUGAGCAGUCUCAACAUCAGUCCCUCCUAACACUCCAGCAGAUCUCAGGAAACACUGGUGUGGUUUGAGCUGUACACUGCUGCAGCAGGGAUGAUCACAUCGUAUAUGAACGGUUAUGUGCAAGAGGCCUCUGGCCUGACCAAGAGCCACAGGGAGAGGGCCGUGGACUGUCCAGGGGAUGAAAGCAGCCUUGUCAAAUCUCCACAGUGCAGUGCCCACAUGGAGAGGAUCCAGCACUACCAGGAGGAGCUGAGGAAGAAGAGGGAAGAGGACAGCAGGGCGAAACAUGAAAUUGACCUCAAUGCUUCCCUGAGGCUCAAGAAGCUGUCGCAGAAUCCUAAGGUGGGCAUUGACAAUCCCACCUUUGAGGGAAAGGAAAAGGCCACCAAAGACACAUGCUCCAUGGAUUCUGUAAUCGAACUGGAGGAGUUGCUGCAGGCUCUAAAGUGGGUGCAGCACUGCUUGACUGAUGCUCAGAGCCAGCAGGAUGUAGAGCUGAUAACUCAGCUCCUCACCAAGGAGGACUUCAAGACUGCAUACUCAAUCUACAGCGCUGUGUCCCAGCAGAUGAACAGAGUCAGUCCCACCUCACCCCUCACAGCACAAGCACAAGAUCUCUGUCUGGAGGUACAGAAGGUUCUCCAGUCCAGCCAGCAAAAGGAGGGUUUAGAGCUCAGAGCUCUGCUCACCAAUCCUCAUCUCCAGGCACUGAUGCAGGCCCAUGACAGUGUGGCAGUGCAGGAAAUGGCAGAGGAAAAUGUAACCCAGUACCUUGGAGAAACCGUUAAAUUAGUGCGGCUGGAGAAGGCCAGAGACACUCCACUGGGUGCAACAGUACGUAAUGACAUGGACAGUGUGGUGGUGAGUCGUGUUGUGAAAGGUGGAGCAGCAGAGCGGAGUGGCCUCCUCAGCGAAGGAGAUGAGAUCCUGGAGAUCAACGGAAUUCCUAUCCGUGGGAAACACGUCAACGAAGUCCAUGACUUGCUGCAACAAAUGCAUGGCACUCUGACCUUCCUCCUCAUCCCCAGCUCUCAGAUUAAACCUGCCCUGCACAGACAGACUGUGGUGCACGUAAGAGCUUACUUUGACUAUGACCCCUCUGAUGACCCCUUCGUGCCGUGUCGAGAGCUGGGCCUGUCCUUCCAGAAGGGAGAUAUACUCCACGUCAUCAGUCAGGAUGACCCCAACUGGUGGCAAGCCUACAGGGAUGGAGAUGAGGAAAACCAGCUUCUGGCUGGACUCAUUCCAGGUAAAAGCUUCCAGCAACAGAGAGAAACGUUAAAGAAAACUCUAACAGACAGAAGUCGAGAGCAACAAGGGAAGAAUUGGUAUGUAAAGAAGAGCAAGAAACAGAGGAAGAAGAGCAUGUCACACUUGACCAAAAGCACAGACUACGAUGACAUCCUGACCUAUGAGGAGAUGUCGCUUUAUCACCAGCCUGCCAACCGCAAACGCCCCGUAGCUCUGAUUGGUCCGACAAACAGCGGUCACGACGAGCUGCGCCGGAGGCUUCUUUCCAUUGAACCAGAGAAGUUUGCCGUCGCCGUUCCACACACAACCAGGAGCCCCAGGAUACAUGAGCGGAAUGGGCGCGAGUACCAUUUUGUGACUCGUUCUGCCUUUGAAGCCGACUUGGCAACAGGGAAGUUCAUCGAGUCUGGGGAGUAUGAGAAGAACUUGUACGGCACCAGCACCGACUCCAUCCGACACGUCGUCAACUCUGGACGCAUCUGUUUGCUCUGCCUACAUACACGGUCACUGCGGGUGCUGAGAUCUUCCAACCUCAAGCCAUAUGUCAUCUUCAUAGCUCCUCCUUCUCAGGAGCGACUACGCACUCUGCUGGCCACAGAGGGGAAAACACCAAAGCCGGAGAUGCUGAAGGAGGUCAUUGAAAAGGCUCGCGAAAUGGAGCAGAAUUUUGGCCACUACUUUGAUGCAACCAUCUUGAACGCGGAUCCAGACCAGGCUUUCCGCGAGCUGCGCAGGCUGAUAGAUAAACUGGACACUGAGCCGCAGUGGGUGCCCACCUCCUGGCUGUGCUAGAGGUCAUGGUGCUGCCCACAAGGAGUCGAAGGAGGUAAACAGAAGACUGGAGAGUGAAAAAUGAAUGAAAGACAGUGGUAAACUGUCAUUGGAAUUUCACUUGCACAUUUUCCUCAUUUAUAGAGGAAGUGAUCAUUACAGGGACGGACUCGUUUAAUCUUUGAUUUUUAUGGUGGUCUGUGGGUGAUCUUUGUUUCAUGAAAUUCUUUGUUGAUCUCAGUUUUAUGCAAAGUCAUUUGUCAACAAAAUAGAACUAUUUCUAUCCCAUGCUUAAUAGUUAUUUAUGAUUGUACAUAUUUUCAGGGUCACAUGUUUCAUUGUUACAUUUUGUGUGUGGGAGAGUGUUUAUGUCAUGGUUUUUAAUUGGCUCUGUGAUCAAGCAGCAAAUCAGAACCUCUUUAGGUACCAAACAGAAGAGAAGCAGCUGCUUAAUGUGGCUGCAGAGCAUCAUCUUCCAGUCAGAAGUACAGGAGCGAGAUCUGUAAUCUGCAGUUUGGAGGUUUUUCCAUUGUCAGUAUUAUUUUAUUUUUGUGUCUCACUUUAUGAUUUUUCUGCUGUGAUAACAGACCACUCUAGCUGGUUAUCGUUGCAAACAGUAAUGCUGCUAAGUACUGUCGGGUUUUGUUUUUUUGUUUGUUUGUGUUUUUUUAUACCAGUAUUGGUACGGCCUGCUAUCAGUUAGGUCAGUGGUUCCCAAAGUGUGGGCGUGCUGCAGGGGGGUUGCAGUAAUAGAAAUUCAGUUUGAAAUUACUCACAAGUAUGCAUAGUUACAUAUUUAUAUAAAUCUAUUUAUUUAUAUAAAAAGUGAAUUAAAACUGGUAAUAGGAGGUGGUUAGUUUGUGAUAUUGCUCAUUACUCUGACCUUUACUGCUAUUAUAAUGAAGUGUGGUUCACAUAUUGGCAUUAGCACUUUGCAUAUGACUAGGUGGUAUUAGCAAUUUAUAGCCAACAGCCCUGUGGUGUUUCUGUUUUUUGAAUCAAAUUUUCAAGGAAAUGCAUCAUUUUCUCUUGUAUUUUGAUGAGAGUGAAGACAGUCAGGAAAAUUUCACACCCAGCAAUAUUGGACGACCGAGGAGGAGAGGGGCCCGGUGGGAUUUUCUGGUUUUUAAGUGGGCCGCAGCACUCUUGACUUUGGGAACCACUGAGUUAGAGUAAUUCCAACAAAUACUGUAUUGACUCUUUGCAAGGUACUUACAAAUUCAUAAGCACAAUUUUGUGCUCAUGAAUUGUUAAUAAAAUAAAAUACAUAUAUAUGAGAACAAGUAA